CGCGCCGGCGGAGUCCUUUCAGCGGUGCACCACUGAUGUAACGCUGACUUCCUGAUCGUCGAGGGUCACUCACAUGAGUUCACAGUUUGGAUCCCGAGCACUUUGAGGAGCCGAGUCUUAUUUUCACGGUCGUUGAGUUUGAAUGAUGUUACGGUCGCUGUGUCGAGCCGGAGGAGCCAUUUUACAGCAAACCCAGAGGACUGCGCCGAGGUUGUGGGUGACACCAGCGCAGCAGCGAUGGGCGUCCAGCCUGCCCAUGAACACCGUGGUCCUGUUUGUGCCCCAACAGGAAGCCUGGGUGGUGGAGAGGAUGGGUCGCUUCCACCGAAUCCUAGAGCCGGGUUUGAAUUUCCUCAUACCCUUACUUGACCGAAUCCGCUACGUUCAAAGCCUCAAAGAGAUUGUGAUCGAUGUCCCGGAGCAGUCUGCGGUUUCUCUUGAUAAUGUCACACUACAGAUUGAUGGAGUUCUCUACCUAAGGAUCCUAGACCCUUUUAAGGCCAGUUACGGUGUUGAGGAUCCAGAAUAUGCCGUCACACAGUUGGCCCAGACCACCAUGCGUUCAGAACUGGGCAAACUCUCACUGGACAAAGUUUUCAGGGAAAGGGAGUGCCUCAAUUCCAACAUCGUCCACUCCAUCAACCAAGCUUCAGAUGACUGGGGAAUUCGUUGUCUCCGUUAUGAAAUCAAAGACAUACACGUUCCACCUCGGGUCAAAGAGUCCAUGCAGAUGCAGGUAGAGGCUGAGCGCAGAAAGAGAGCCACGGUGCUGGAGUCUGAGGGGCAGAGAGAAGCAGCCAUUAAUGUCGCAGAGGGAUGUAAACAAGCUCAGAUUCUGGCGUCAGAGGGAGAAAAAGCAGAGAAGAUCAACAAUGCGACUGGUGAGGCUCAAGCUGUAGUAGCCAAAGCUGAAGCAAAGGCCAAAGCCAUCCGUAUGUUGUCAGAGGCUCUGACCGAGCAGAAUGGAAAUGCCGCAGCCUCACUAAAUGUGGCCGAGCAGUACGUGUCUGCUUUCUCAAACCUCGCCAAAGAGUCCAACACCAUCCUUCUGCCGUCUAACACUGGCGACAUCAGCAGCAUGGUCACACAGGCCAUGACCAUUUACAGCACGUUGGCGAAGCAGAGCCCACGCGUAACAGCGGAGGCGGCGCCGUUGGAGAACAGGGAGGAGCUGCAGAACCAAUCAACAUCGAUUCAGUAGUAGAGGAAUCAAAAUGAACUCAAAGUAGUGACACGGAACCAGGGGGAAACUGUUUAUGGUUAAGUUAUCGGGAGCUUCAAGGCAUCGCUGUGGGACAGAAGCUCACACACCUUCUACUGGCUGAUUGAGAAGAACUGCAAAUUUAAAUAACUCUUCCAAUGUCACAUCUUGACCACACUAUGACAGAAUAUUGGUAAAACUUUCAGACCUGGUUAAUGUUUUGUAAAUGCGGUAAUCACAGUCAGUCCAUGUCAACCAUCUGCCUUGUUUGUUUACAGAGAUCGAUUCAGUUCUUCAGCAGCUCUGGGACCAGCAACUUUGAGUUGCUCAAUGUGACGUCUCAGAAUGGUUGGAAGUCCCUGAGAAAGUAAUUUAUUCUCAAUUUGACCCAUGUGAUUAAAAAUGUUUUUCCCUCAGCAAAGCUAAACCAGUAUAUGCUUAAGAAAGAGAGAGUAAAACCAUUAAGAAAUAUUUCCCUCUAAAUAAUUAGUGGACAAAGUCGGCCCCAGAAACAUGUUCCUGUUCUCAUCAGUUAUAUUUACCAGUUAUUUUCGUCUCUUAUGUCUUUUGGGAUAUAUAGUAUUUGUUGAAUUUCAUGGUUCUCUGCAAAAUUUGAGUUUGUCAUUUCAUAGGUCUCUGUAAUGAUAAGAUGAAAUUGGUACAGAAGACUUGAUGUGGUGGAAAGGAAAGUUGUGAAGCACUUGUUUAGGAUUAAUGAUAUAAGAUUUAUUAUGUUGCAACGAAGGACAAACUCCCAGCAAAAUAAAAUACAUAAAAAUUGUUACACUGGU